AUGACAGGUGCUGUUGGGAUUUUCCUCAUAUGCUGUCUACUCCAAGGUAAGCUGUUCAGACUUAUUUCUAUUGUUGGAUGUCUUCGUUAUGUAACAUUCACUCACAUAUUUGAAAUGGAGUUUUGACUUAGAAUUUGGAAUUUAUUUAUUGUAUGUCAUAUAAUGUGAUAACUUUUGUGGAGAAUUAAAAAACUAAUGUGAAGGUAAAUGAUUUAAUUGUAGAAAAAAAAUUAUCUGGUGUAUUUUUGAUUUAUGUUUUUUUCUGUUUAAAUUAACAGAUGUUGUAUGUUGUAAGGAAGGUUCUGCCUCUUCUCAAACAGGUCACGGGUUUUUCUUUUUAUUUUAUUAAAUAGAUCAUUUAUGCUUUAUUUGUUUUGCCUCCAAAAUAUGGGAGGUAUUCAAGAUCAAACCAAACUUUAAAAAAUGAUUGAUUCAGAGUCCAGGCUGUAUUCACUGAGAUAUUUUACCUUCAGUCCAAACAUUAAAUCUCCCGUGAGGAACUUUGAAGUCAAUUUUGGCUCCCCCAUGAAUAAAGUUGUUUAAAUUGUGAAAAAAAGGGCUGUUUUAUAGCUGCUUGACCUAGCUACAGACACCUAACCCUCACAUCGUUUCAGGUAUUAAAAAUUACUUUACAAAGAUAAUCAUUCAUGUCACUAAUGGUCUUGUCGGAUUCUGGAAUUCAUAAAAAGGCGUUGAUGUGGAUUUUUGGUCUUUUUAAUCGAUGCCAAAAAAACUCCUCAGGGGAGCUUUGAUAGACCAGUGAGCACUGGCUAGAAGAAAUCUGCAUUAAUAGGCAGAAACCUUGAGCAGAACUAGACUCAUUGGUUAAUGGUCACCUGCUGUAAUUUUUGGUCAACUUAACGUUUAUUUUGUUGUUGUCUCUUUUCUUUCCCCACAGGUAGCUUAUGCCAGCAGUGGGAUGCCUUCAUGCCCCAGGCGGUGGAUGGACUCAGUGGAUCCUGUGUGACCAUCCCCUGCACGUUCAGCAUGCCCUCAGUUUGGGAUCAAUACCUGGAUGAUUCCUGCAGAGCCAUCUGGAAGAGAGGCAGCUGGAGUCGAACGCAGGUGUUUGACUCAGGCCUCACCGGCAUGAACACGGGAUUUAACAUCCUGCAGGGAAACCUGACGGGGGUCCUGCGUGAGAAGGACUGCACCACCGUCUUCAACAACCUACCAUCCAACCAUUAUGACAACUACUACUUCAGGCUGCAGUGUGACAACGAUCUGAAGUUCAACUUUCAAACAAGUGUCCUUAUCACUGCUCAAGGUCUGUUCCACAUCCUCUGACCUCUUUCACACGUCUGUUAUCUUUUUAUAUCUGUCCUGCCUUUCCUCAUUGUUUUCACUCGUCAGAUUCAAUGCCCAGACCCGCCAUAACUCCAUCCAAGCAGGAGAUAGAAGAUGGUGAUCCAGUGAGGCUCAACUGCUCGGCUUUAGCUCCCUGUCUGGCCCUUCCUCCGACAUUGACAUGGUUCCCACGCAUAGGUGACAUUGAGGAGCAUAUGGAAGGUAAUAUUGUGAUCUCUGUCAUGACCUUCACUGCUUCCUUCCACCAUAAUGGACAGAAGAUCUCCUGCUCCGUUCUCUACAACCGACAAGUGGGCAACGGUGACCUCCAGUAUGACCAGACUGUGACCCUCCAAGUUCUCUGUAAGUUUGGAUUCAACUUGCAACUUGUAUUUGUAGUCAGGGUCCGACUCAACCUGCAUAACCACCUGCUUUGUUAUACAUUGACCUACUUGUAAUCUAGCUACCAACUAAAGCUAAGCACAAUAACUCAAAAUGUUGAUUUUAAGAGGAUUUCAUUCAUUUUAAAAUGUUUUAUUCUGCUUCAUAAAAAUGCAUCAGAUUCAUAUCAGUCUACUUGCAGGAUGUAUUAACAGUAAACUUAACAUUUAAAUGUACAAUCAGGUCCUAAAUGAGCAUUCUUGUACUUAUUUUCUGUAUUUAGGAGUAAACUGAACAUUUCUAUUGAAGGUGAAGUUAGUCAAGAUGAACAGGUCUGCUGCAGGUCCAUUUAUGCUGAAUCUCAUCCUCAUUCAGAGGUCACAUCUUUGAAUGGAAACGAUAAAAAGUUACUUUACAUACACUGACCAGCUCUGGUGAUGAUGCCUGGACUGUAGCACAGGGUCUAAUAACAAAAUCUGCUCCAUGUUGUCUGAUUUAAACUGUUGACAGAGUUUUUGCUGUAAAGUUGACCAAUGUGAUGCUAUUAUGAACUCAAAUCUUACCAGAGUGUCUCAGUCAGAGGUAAAAUGUGACUGUUUCUUUUAGCUGAGUGCUUGAUAUGAUAUAAUGUGGGUUCACACUUUAUCUGGUGUCGUCUCAGCUGUUGAGAAUUAGUCACAGUUGAAAUGAUAUUUGACGAGUGAGAAUCAAGAGAGGUGAACAGUAUGAAAGCCGAGUUUUAACAACCAUUUAACAACGAUAUUUAUUGAUUCCCGGUGGCAGACUUGUUUUACAGGAGGGUGUUAUGAUCUUGAUUUUUGUCAUGUGUCUUAAAUUAAAAGUUCAAAACAACCGGGAUUGCACUUGUUUAAAUUUUUGCUGACAUCCAAUCACUGGUUAGACCUGAAAAAAUGUGAAACAGCCACCCUGCCUUCAUCUAAACACAAAAGAGAAUCCACCUUCCAGCACCUCAGAAGCUCAUUACUUAAAACAGGUUAUCUUAUAUGUCUUUGUUUAAUCUGUGGCAACCACCCAGUGACAAGAUUCUAGGAAGUUAUCUGCAUUAUCAAGAAAAGACUCAGGAUCUGGCAGAAGUAUUUAGAUGCUAACUAGCUUGAUGCUGUCUUCAGUUUUUGGAGACCAAAGUACAACAGAUCUAAAUUGUCUUUCAGAUCCCCCAGAAAACACCUCAGUCCUUUACUCUGAUCCUGUAAAAGAGGGCACCUCUGUGAUUAUGACCUGCAACACCAGUGCAAAUCCAGCUGCUGACAGCUACACCUGGUACAGAGUGGACGAGGACCAGGUGACAGCAGUUGGUGCGCAAAAAACGCUUUCAACCCCGGUCUCAGAAGCCGACAGCCAAUUUUUCUGCCAAGUCGGCAACCGAGUGGGAACCCAGAACUCCUCCAUCAUCCAGUUAGACGUCCAGUGUGAGUAUGACUGAACUAGAAACACACAAAUCAAAUACUGCGUAGCAACAUGGACUGAAUCAUCGCUUUUGUGUCUUUGUCAAGUUACUCCCAAAGAUACUACGGUAAUCAUCGGCCCUGGUCCAAUACUGGAGGGCAGCUCUGUCACUCUGACCUGUAACAGCCGUGCAAACCCACCUGUGACUAACUACACCUGGCAUAAAGAUGAUGAGGAGGUCAAGGAGCCUGGAGAGAUGUUGGUUAUUCAAGGUGUCGACACAAGUCACGGUGGCAGCUACCAUUGUGCUGCAAGAAAUGAGCUGGGAGAGGAAACCUCGGCAGAUAUACAGCUGGACAUUCAGUGUAAGUCAAUUUCGCACAGCGAAGUUACUGUUUCACACCGAUUACAAACGUCUCAUCUGUAUUUUCUAGUUGUUCUACAUGCUGAAUAUGUUUACAGCUGUGGUCACCCAAACAUGAUGUGGAGCCAAGAGUCCGUCACAGGCAACACAUCGGUGUCUGCACUCUGAACAGUAGGACAUUGUCACAUAGCGUGACAACGUCUUCAUCCUUUCUGUGUCAGAGGUUCAUCAUAACUGAGCUCUGUUGUGCCCACAUGUGUGCCAGUGUCCUAAUGCAUGUGUAGAUGUUCUGUUUGGUUUGUCCUGAAGUAAGACGAUGUUUCUAACCAUGGAUAAUGACGGCUGACCCAUUUCGCUGAAAAGCAAAUCAGAUUCAAAAUUUAUUUUGAUAUGGAUAUAUUUUGAAAAUGAUGUUUUCUUUAUCACACUAAAGUCGUAGAUCUUUCACUAACUUGCCUCCAGUGAAGAAGUUUAAACUGUUUAUUGGAAAGGCAAGAUGUUGUACAGUUAUAUUACUGAUCUGUAAACCGCAGGAGGGAGUUUCAGGAGUUUUGAUUUACUAGAAGUUUGACAUAAAAUCUCCAAUGCUUGGAUCAGAUUCCUUGAAACUAGUACAUCUGGAAACUGUCAACUUUUGCAUUUUUAAAAUCAGUUCAAACCAUAGACUGUAUUUACUAUGGACAACUUGGUUCCGCCUUCAGCCAGUACACGGAUUUAAAGCCAAAAAGCUCUCGGUAAUUCCGGGUUUUCUCUUCAUUUCCUGAAACCAACAUUGAGCAGUAGUAUUGUACGCACUCGGCAGAAGGGUUGCUGAGAGUCGCUGUGAUGACACUCGGUUCAAACAGUGUAUCCCCCUGGGUGAGCUACGCAAUACUUGUACCCCCAUAGGCUGUAUCAAGUGUCAAUCAUAGAAAACAUGAGCCCCCUAAUAACUUUUGAAAACUAAGCUUCACAGAAAAAAAGAGGACUUGAGCACAAACCAGUCUUACAGUAACUACAUGUCAACAUCACAACCAGGGGGAAAAAAAUUAUAUUCUGUGUAAUAAAUUUCUAAAGUUUGUCCACAGCUCCAUAAGAUUUGCUGGUGGAGGUGGGAUUUAUGACCUAUACUGCAGUCCGACUCCAGAGGGUGCUGUUCUUGCGGUGGCUUCACCCAGCGACACUGUCCAUUCUAUAUACAGUCUACGUUCAUAUCCCAGAACAUUAAACUUACUUCAAACAUUUGGUGCCAUAUUAGGUUUAUGAAGUCCCAUCUUAACCUUCAACGUAGGAGCUGCAAACAGCAGUCUGUCACGAGAUCUAUUCAAGAGUUGUUUUUCUUCAAAAAUAGAUACAGUUUACACUGACCCUUUCUUUAGUUUAAGGGACUUCUGUGAGGUCUUGCUGUAUCUGUUAAUGUUUCGAGGGCAAAUUGAUUGCAAGUUUUCCCAUCGAUUUACUGAUAUAGGAGAUAUGUUUUGUGUUUGUGUUUUUGUGUUUUGUGCUGUUUUGUGUCUGUGAGUGUUACAGGAGACAUGUAAUUACUGCGAAUCAGUGGAGCAGCAGGGCAGAACAGCACCGUGUGUGUGUGUGUGUGUGUGUGUGUGUGUGUGUGUGUGUGUGUGUGUGUGUGUGUGUGUGUGUGUGUGUGUGUGUGUGUGUGAGCAUGUCUGAAUGUGUGUCUACCUCUCAUUUCAUUUAUUGUAGAAGCAUGAGACACUGGGAGAGCAGUAUUAUGCUGUUACAAGAUCAUUUAAAGAUGAGUUUAGGAUUGAUGAAGGUGAAUUUAGGCUUGAUGAAGAUGAAUGAGGUGUAAACAAUGAUUUAAUCUUGGAAAAGAUGGUUGAUUGUGAUAACCCUGAUAUUAUCUCUAUUUCAUUUCCCUCCUUAGAUCCUCCCAAAAACACCUCGUUCUCCAUUGACCCCUCUGGUCCAGUGUUGGAUGGCAGCCCUGUAACUCUGACCUGCACAAGCGUCGCCAAUCCAGCGAACAUAAAUUUCACCUGGUUCAGAGUGUCUGGAAGAAAGAAAGAGAUGAUGGGCUCAGAGCAGGACUACGUCUUUAACGUGACCAAACUCUCCAAGGAUCGGUAUUACUGCGAGGCCCAAAAUGUCCAUGGAGCUGAAAACUCAGAGCACGCCAGCAUUGAUGUCAUAUGUGAGACUUUUUUUAGAUUUUAAACAUGUUUAUUUCUCAAAGAAGUUCAACUGAGUAUGUCAGUUUUCCCUUUUUCUCAUCCGUCAGUUGCUGCGGAGAUCCUACCCUCUUCCCGCUGCGUCAAGGUUUUUUCCCAGAUUCGGUGUUCCUGUGACAGCCAGGGGAACCCCAUUCCCUCCCUUUAUUGGGAGCUAGCUGGGGUGCCUGUCAAUCACUCCGCCGACUUACCGAUCAGAGAAGCUCCCCUGGGGAAUCAGGGGAGGAUGAGCCUCAUCACGCUUUACAGCCAGAGCGAGGACUUCCCGCCUCUCAUAUGCCACAGCUUCAACUCUCUCGGCUCUGAUAAGUUUGCUUUCAACGUGUCCUCCAGCGAACUGGAGCUCGGUAAAUAUGCAGCAGGCUAUGUGCAACAUUUCAGUGAAAUAACACUUCUGUUUCUAGUUUUACUGACUGCUCUGAAUCGUGGUUUCAGGCCUCCACACUUUUUCUCUUCUGGUGGGCUCUGCGGUGGGAGCAGUGGGAAUGCUUUUGGUGUGUGUCCCGCUUGUGCUCAUCCUACUCAGGUGAGAAAUAUAAAAAACAGAACAGAUAGAUCAUUAAAAAAAAAAAAACUAUAAAUAAUGUGAAAGUAAUUCUACGAAACAAUGCUAAACAGAUGGGAUUGUGAAGUAAAUGGUGGUUUUGACCAGGACGAAGGUCAAUAACUGUGGACAAUCAUACUCAAGAACACUGCUAAACACAAGCGUGAAACAGGAUACUGUUAAAAUAAAAAUAACUGUGUGUUUCUGUUUUAAUUCUAGUAAAAGAAAGAACAGCUUUUUGUCAGACAGAGGAUUUGUGGAAACUUCAGGCUUAAUGGGGAAUAAUGAGGUGAGUUUUGUCUUUGUUUGGCUCUACUAAAAACUUAAAGAUACAAAUCAAUGCAAACCUUUAUACCUGUAAAAUAACAUGAGAAAAUGAUUUUUUUACAGUUACAUUUGCACUUGUUGUUAUGACUUCAAAGUAUAUUUUUUUCUGUCUAGUACAAAAUAGGUCUGUUGGGAAACAUGAUUCCUCUUUAGUAUCUUGUUAACAAAAUGGGUCCUAAUAGAAACUUGAAAUACAGAAUCAAGGAUCUAUAAAUAAAGAGUAAACACGGGGACGCAUCAAAUUUUAAGUCCUGAUAAUGGUACCAGUACUAAUACUUGUAACUGAGCUUUAGCAUUGGCUGAUACUGCUCAUAAUCCAAUCUGAUACCAGCAACAGAUUAGCAGCCUGAAUUCCUCAAUGAGAGAAUCAGACUGGAGAUUAUGUCCUAGCAACCUCUGGGUUUUCUAAACUAAAAUAAGACAAACUCAAAAAGUAAAUCUUAAAAACUCAUAGGAACUUAAAUUCUUAUCUUAAAAAAACAGACAUCAAAUAAUAAAAGAAAAAUUAACUCAUAAUCAUAUCACUUUUCCUUUCUUGAUGUUAGAACUCUAUAAAAAAAUAAUUCAAACCUGCUUUCUUAUAAAGAAUUUCGCUUAUUCAUCAAGUUGCAGGAGUUUGUCACAUUUUUGUUUUGACUUCCUUUAGUAGAUUUUGUAUCCUUGAGAAGCUCGAUUCAAUUAAUUGUAUUGUAUUUCACUGUGUUACUACCAUCCCCUGGAAUACUGGCCCUGCACAUGUUGCCAGUUGUCGCUGCAGCUACUGGCCUCAUAAGUGUGUCAUGCCUCUAAACUGCUGAGUCUCUGUAGUUAGCUUCCUUCGUGCUAUAUUUGCUCUCCGCCUGGCAAAAUGCUCUGACCUACUAAUGUACUGAUAAAUUAGUACAUGCACAUGGCUGAAGAAAACACAGAAUAACACAGAACUGAGUUUAAUAGAGCUGCCCAGUGGUUUGGCCCUUUGACACUGAUACAUGAUCUAGUUUGUUGAGUCAGUAUCUGACCCAACACUACGAACAAAUCAGUGCAUCCUUUGUGAAAAGUUAAAUUCUUCAAGUUUUUUCCAAUGAAGCAAAUUUUAGUUACAAAUUAUCUUCACCAUUUCAUGGUAUCGACCAUAAAUUUCCCAGGUUAGUGCCUAGUGUGUUUACAAGGUAACAUAAUUCAAUGUUGGAUAAUGUUCAAACAAGCACGUUUUUGGAAUUAUUUCUUUUAACAAUUGAUGUAAUCUAAUGAGGAACCUUUAGUGAGGAGGUAAACAACCUCUUUGGCAGAGCUUGACCGAGCAGCUGCCAGCUGUGGAUGAAGUUUGUCCUGAGAUGCUUUUUCAUUGUUGGGAUGACUUGGCUGGCAAACCUUGUUGACAUCAUGUAGAGAUCUGGGACAGUGCCUGUGGGAUGGCAGGCUGAGUGGUUCCCUUUUUAGGAAAGAUGCCCAGAAUAAAUAAGGCCAAUCACUGAACCUUAGAUAGAGGAUGUGGAUUCUGACCUAGCUCUUAAGCCUAGCAGGGUUGUGAAGUGCAUCAUCUGGUCCCAAUAUGCUCAUCUGGUCCACAUGUGUUUUUUGGACUUGAUGGAGGCCCACAAUGGUUUCCCUUGGGUGUCCUGUCCUGACAGGAAAAAUAUAAGGUACAGGGGCUGUUGUGCCGCACCAUCCAGGCCUUGGAUGACAUUAUUGUUUGUAGGAAAUGGGUGUUUCCAUCAUGAUUAACGACCCUGUUCACGUGGCUUGACAUAUCUGCAACCUGGAGAGGCCAGACUUCUGUAUUGUUGUUAGGGUGAUUUUCUUUAGCCAGUCAUGUCAGCCUUUAGGGUGGUGGAGCUGUGUCACUCAAAUACCUUGGAUUCUUUGGUGCAAGAUUUCUGGAGCCAUGGGCCUCUGACAACCAUUGUCAACAAGGACCUUGUACCCAUGUUCAACAUCACUCAGGCUCCCAAAAUAUGUCGUGCUUUGUUAUUACCCUACAUGGACUCUCCUUCAGGUCCACGAGAUGCAAGCAGAAUAUCUGGAAACGUGGAUGGCUAUAUAUACUUGAACAGUCUCAGACCAGUCUUUGUUACACUUGUUGCAUGAAGAGGCUGUAACCCAGAUCUGCAACCAGCAAAGCUUGUCAAAAUGAUCAUUCGUGUGGACCUUCCAUUCUUUAAAGUGUGAACAUGGGCUAGGUAUCCUUACAGUUGUCAAAAUCAAGUCUCAAAGGGUGGUCCUUUUAUGUGAUUCUGUUGGAGUUUCAUCAACAGGAUCUCAAGGCAAAACAUGGUGGGGUAUCUGAUUGUUGGAUGUUAGAUGUGCAUCUCUACGUUUGCAGAUGAUGUGGUUAUUUUGGCUUCAACAACCUGUGACCUCAAGCAGGCACAGAGGCUUUUUCUUGGCCAGUCAGAAGUGCUUUCAGAUGAGGCUCUGCACCUCCAUUGGUAUUUGGUUUGAAAAUGGUGGUGGAGUGAGUUCCUGCCUACCAGAAAUUCAAGUAUCGAGGAUUAAACGGAUCUUGAGAUUGAUGUAGUGCAGCCGUUGCGCCAAACUGUUGUGUGUAGGGGAAGCUUACCCAAAAUGCUAAGCUGUUCAUUUACCAGAUCAUCUAUGAUUGAGUCCCGAACCAAGGCCCUGUGCUUUGGGUAGUGACCAAAAAAUUAUGAUUAUGGACGCAAGUGGUUUACAUGAGUCCCCCCUUGCAAAGGUGAUUCAGAUAUCUGGGCCUAGAUAUCUGGAGAGAGCUUUGAGUAGAUCCACAAGUCCAUUGCAUUGACAGCAGCUUUUCUUGAGAUGGUCUGGGCAUCCAUUGGCAUACCUCAUGGGUUAAUCUAACUGGUACAGAUUUAGAGCAUGCCAGAUGAAUUAUGUAUCCUAGAUUGCCUGACCCAGCAGUUGCUGAGGUUGCUGGGCAGAGGGACAUCUGGGCAACCCUGCUUAGCCUGCUGCUGCUGUGAAAGGCUGUACGGACAUGGGUACAAUCUUUGCUCCUGCAUGACUAAAAUCAAUCUUUGUUUUCCUACAGACCAACUCUUUACAAGUGGAUGUGAUUUAUGUCAACAACGCCAUCAUAGAAGAAGGCGGACUAGUAAAGGAGAACCCGACCCUCUACCCCAGCGUGGACCAUAAUAAACUCAAGGCCAUCUCUGACGAUCAACCCGGGGAAGGGGAAAUGAAAGGCCUGGCCUCCAAGACAACUGAGUACGGCAUGACUCAUCCAAACUCUGAAGAAAACAAAGGAGGAGACGUAAAAGAAGAACAGACAGUUACUGACGGUACUGAUGGUAAUUUGGGACAAGUGAAUGACGCUGAGGUGGUCACAGCACAGGUCGGUGAAAAAGAGAAGUGAUACACGGGAUCCCGGGCUUCAAAAGUGCAGGACUGUACCACGUCCCGCCUCGGUUUUCAGCACGUAGCGCAGCUGAGCAGUACACCCCUUUGGAGUUUGCAGCAAUUAAGGUAGAAACUGCACUGCAGAUAACUUUGUUUUAAGUGACUGGAGCCAUACUCGUGUGGCUGAUAGUUUGACCCAAAACUUUUUCACUUUGAUAUCUGUUAAUCCUUUACCUUUAUCCUGAAAUAAACAAGAAUAACAAAUAAGUCAACAAAGAACCAUAAAAAGGAUUUAAAAUCCGUACACAGAACAGUUAGCUCUUUACACAGAUGUUAGAUUAUAUCUGCAUGACAUUGUACAACCUUAAACUAGUCCUACAAAGUUUUGACUUUUGUCCCUCUGGGUGGUUCACUACCAGAGAGACAAUGUUUAUAUCUUUAUAUUUAACACUCACUGUUCCCUCUGUGAGUGUCACAUCUGUUAAACACCAUGUUCUUUUCUUUAAUAAUUCUUGAUUUUCCCUUUUUUUAAAUAACACAGGUAUUUAUACCACUAUAUCUACAUGUCACAUGGCAGCCACAUAGAGCUCAAAGCAAAGUUUUUUAUGUACAAGGUUCUAAUUAAUACUAAUGCUUUAUUAUGAUAAACAAAAGCAACACCAGACUGUAUGAAAGACUGAUUAGCUGAUUAAGAGGAAGUUGUUUUUAAUGUCUGCAACAGCUGGAGGGGGGUAGGUGUCAGACAGAGCAUUAAACCGCAACAGCAGACUCUUCAUGAGUGAUAUAUUUAAAUCUUAAUAUACGACAGGGGGAGAAAAAACAAGACCUGCAUAUGUACAGGUCGAAAUCAGCAAAGAAAUGAAGGGCACUGCAUUUGUCUAGGAGGGGCACCAUUAUCUACACAAACCUUAAGUUCCUGUUAGACCGCUGUGUCCCAUCCUGCAUAUUCAAAUCUCAGUUACCAGCCAUGACAUUUCCUUUCAGGUGUAAGUUUUAUUUUUAUACACACAGGCCAAAAUACAGGUAAACAUUUAUAAACAGAGACCUUUUGACGUGAAAAAAAAAAGAAAUACGUCAGAAUGAGCGAGCUGUGCACAGGCAAGUGCUCUGGGCAGUUAGGGGGUCUAUCCUGUGCUCAAGGUACCUCAGCCCCAUUUCCAGUAUUAGUCUGCGACUCGACCCCCAGUUCCUGACCCAAAUCACUGCUGCCACACUAAGCAUGACUUAAUAUGAUUGAAAUGAAUCUUGCAAUAUCCAGAGAGCAUUUGUCUAGACAUGAUUUCUCUAAAGGAGCAAUAUGUAAUUUGCAUUUAAAAAACAGGCUGUCCUACUUUAAACUGGUAUUUACAUAAACGUGAUUUUGAAUUGAGUUUUGUUAAUAAAUUAAAGGUUAAUAAUUGAGGUUUUGAGUGGCGGUACUCACUGCCUUGAUAUUCGGCCUAUUCUGAAUAAUAAACAUGUUAAAUCAGAGAUAUAAGAUCGUUUUUGCUCAUCUGUCGGCUGUCUGCUAAACAGGGAAAAACUUUCUAGCUCUUUUUAAUCCCUUUCACUAACAAUCAACUGGAAGUAGCUCAUAUUUCAAAAUAUAAGCAUAGUUUUACAAUGUAGGAACGAAGCAACCUAAACCUAAGUCAAAAGAUAUCACAAAAAUACUGUCAUCAUGAUGUUUCAUGGCCACGAUAAUCAUGAGGUGAAAAUCUGAUAUACUGUCAGCCCUAAUCUGAUGAAAUAAGAAGAUGAUUUUAUGAUUUAAUGUGGUAUUUAACUCACAUCCUGCUCCUUUAAGAAAUCAAGUUUUGAUCAAAUCAUGAUUUGACUUGACUUUAAAAUACUUGUUCCCUUCUCAGUCGCCUUACUGAGGUUUGGUACCUGUUACUGCACACGUAUAAAAGCAAAAAUAUUAUACUUGUUAUCUUAAAGAGUAAAAAUUAUGUACAGGAAAGUGAUAAAGGCUUAUUUGUGAGCGAAACCUGAUGAUUUUAAACCGCUAAUACAAAAGGCAUUUGUACCAGGCUGGUGGGAUAAGACUGUUUAAGGUCACAUUUUGACUUGAGAGUACUGGGUCUCCUCCUCCUCACUGGAGGUGCUGGAGGUGCUGGAGUCUCUGUGGGCUCGCUGAUGUCCAGGCUUCGCCUUGAAGCUCACUUUGGCAUAAUUGAGCUCGACUUCAUCCUCGCUGCUUUCUGAGCUAGUAGAGGUUUCUGAGUUAGUAGGGUCCGCUGGAUUUGGAAAUUUAGCUGCAUAUGCUGUCCUUAUAUUCUCGUAGUCCUCCAGCUUUUCUUCUUCAGCCUGGGAGGAUGGCAGAAAGAGGGACAAGAUUAUUUAUUUUUAGGGGAAUAAUUUUGAUCUGGAGACAUCUUGGCUUCAGUUUUGAUAGCACACAUGUAUCAUACGGUUUAUUUCUAGUUUAAAUCAACUAUUAAUCAGACAUAAAACAGAAUAGCUGUAACACAAUCCUAACCCUAACAUAACAGAUGGAAACAGAGUGGUUAACAGGCUUCUGACCUUUGUUGGUUUCUUUUUCUUGGGCACCACAGCAUACUCGUCCAUUUCUGCUUUGUUCCUGAGACAAAAAAACAUCAAAUUAAAUACUGCAUGAAAAGAUAACUUAUGUGAUGUUGUAUAAAAUACUUCAACUCUCACUUGUUCCUCUUUUCAAAGUGUAAAGAAGCGUAGUUUAGAGCGUCAUCCUGUGUGUGUCGAGCUUUCUGUUUAGCUGGCAUCUCUCCAGAGGGACCCUGAGCAGAUGCAGAAGACAUCAGUGAAUGUACGGCAGCAUCUGAAUCAGUUCAUUCAUGCCUUAAAUGGAAGCUGAGUGGUCAUCCGGUGAUUCAUUGCUGCACAAUACUGAACACUAAAUGAUCAGUGUGGACAAAGCUACAGCACAUUUAACAAAACAACAGCUUGAUCACUGAACAACAUCCGUCUGUUGAAAGUUAGAGCUGGACAAAUACUGACUUUACAAGACAGAAGUCAUUGCAAACAUUUACUUUGAGAAAACUUUAAUCUUUUUAAUGUUAACUUGAACCUUUUUUUUUUAAAUUGAUUUUAUAUAUCAUGUUCAAAUAUUUACAUUUCUAAUAAAAUUAAAUAAAAGUAAUGUAUCGGAAGCAGGAAUACACAGUCAAAAAUAACUCCACCUAGAAGUCUUAUGAGGUCUGACAACCAUCACAUGUCCUGUUUAGAGACUGACUUCCCUACUUUUAAUACAAAAGUAACAAUAAUGUUGUUUCUCUCAGUUUUACAGUUGCAGUGUGUUUUCAGAGGAAGAAACUUGCAUCAUUAAGAAAAUGUUGUGAUUCGAGUGGUAAAUGUUGUAAGCAGCAGAGGCUGCCUAGCUGAGUUCACCUCCAUAAACAAUAUUCCCAUAUUUUUUAACAAAUCCUCCAUGCGUGGUUUAUGCCCAAAUCUUCGACUACCUAUGCCCAUCUUUUGUAUUUAAUUAUUCCGUUUUUGAAUCUCCAUUUUGAGCCAAAGUUGA